GGAGGGAGAGAGCGAGCGAGAGAGAGAGAAAAUCAAUCGGUUUAGAAGGUUUGGACUCACUUGACAGGUUCAGUUGGAGGCGACCAUAGGUGGCUGCUGUGACAAAGGGAAAUUGUGCUUUUCCAGCAUGCUAACUGACCCUGAUUUACCUCAGGAGUUUGAAAGGAUGUCUUCCAAGCGACCAGCCUCUCCGUAUGGGGAAGCAGAUGGAGAGGUAGCCAUGGUGACAAGCAGACAGAAAGUGGGAGAAGAGGAGAGUGACGGGCUCCCAGCCUUUCACCUUCCCUUGCAUGUGAGUUUUCCCAACAAGCCUCACUCUGAGGAAUUUCAGCCAGUUUCUCUGCUGACGCAAGAGAACUGUGGCCAUAGGACUCCCACUUCUCAGCACAACACAAUGGAAGUUGAUGGCAAUAAAGUGAUGUCUUCAUUUGCCCCGCACAACUCAUCUACCUCACCCUUGAAGGCAGAAGAAGGUGGGCGUCAGAGUGGAGAGUCCUUGUCCAGCACAGCCCUGGGAACCCCGGAGAGGCGCAAGGGGAGCCUCGCGGAUGUCGUGGACACCCUGAAGCAAAGGAAAAUGGAAGAGCUCAUCAAAAACGAGCCAGAAGAAACUCCCAGUAUUGAAAAGCUACUAUCAAAGGACUGGAAAGACAAGCUUCUUGCCAUGGGAUCAGGGAACUUUGGAGAAAUAAAAGGGACUCCAGAAAGCCUCGCUGAGAAAGAAAGGCAGCUCAUGGGUAUGAUCAAUCAGCUGACCAGUUUGAGGGAACAGCUGCUAGCAGCUCAUGAUGAACAGAAGAAGCUGGCUGCAUCUCAGAUCGAGAAACAACGCCAGCAAAUGGAGCUGGCUAAGCAGCAACAAGAACAGAUUGCAAGACAACAGCAGCAGCUUCUGCAGCAGCAACACAAAAUUAAUCUUCUUCAGCARCAGAUCCAGCAGGUCCAGGGUCAGCUGCCUCCAUUAAUGAUUCCCGUAUUCCCUCCAGACCAACGAACCCUAGCAGCAGCUGCACAGCAAGGAUUCCUUCUUCCUCCUGGUUUCAGCUACAAGGCGGGAUGCAGUGACCCCUACCCCGUUCAGCUGAUCCCAACUACCAUGGCAGCUGCUGCCGCAGCAACACCGGGCUUAGGCCCACUCCAACUGCAGCAGUUGUAUGCUGCCCAACUUGCUGCGAUGCAAGUGUCUCCGGGAGGCAAGAUUCCUGGCAUUCCCCAGGGGAACCUUGGUGCUGCCGUGUCCCCUACCAGCAUCCACACAGACAAGAGCACAAACAGCCCUCCACCCAAGAGCAAGGAUGAAGUGGCCCAGCCUCUGAACCUUUCAGCCAAACCCAAGACAUCUGAUGGCAAGUCUCCCACAUCACCCACCUCUCCUCACAUGCCAGCUCUGAGAAUAAACAGCGGGGCCAGUUCGCUAAAGUCGUCUGUGCCAGCAACAUUAGCGAGUCCUUCGGCCAGAGCCAACACAAUAGACAUCCUUUCUUCUAUCACGUCGUCAGGUUAUUUAAAUGACCACGAUGCUGUUACCAAGGCAAUCCAGGAGGCCCGACAGAUGAAGGAGCAGCUUCGGAGGGAGCAGCAGGUGUUGGAUGGGAAGGUGGCCGUGGUGAACAGCCUGGGUCUCAAUAACUGCAGGACAGAAAAGGACAAAACAACAUUGGAGACCCUGACUCAGCAGCUGGCAGUAAAACAGAGUGAAGACGGGAAAUUCAGCCACGCAAUGAUGGAUUUCAACAUGAGUGGAGAUUCUGACGGAAGCGCAGGAGUUUCAGAGUCUCGGAUUUACCGGGAAUCYCGAGGGCGUGGUAGCAAUGAGCCUCACAUCAAGCGCCCGAUGAACGCGUUCAUGGUGUGGGCUAAGGAUGAACGGAGGAAGAUCCUUCAAGCCUUCCCUGACAUGCACAACUCCAACAUCAGCAAGAUACUAGGAUCUCGCUGGAAAGCUAUGACAAACCUAGAGAAGCAGCCAUACUAUGAGGAGCAGGCCCGGCUCAGCAAACAGCACCUGGAGAAAUACCCAGACUACAAAUACAAGCCCCGGCCGAAGCGCACCUGCCUCGUGGAUGGCAAGAAGCUGCGCAUCGGCGAGUACAAGGCCAUCAUGCGCAACAGACGCCAGGAGAUGAGGCAGUACUUCAAUGUUGGGCAACAAGCACAGAUCCCCAUCGCCACGGCGGGCGUCGUGUACCCAGGAGCCAUYGCCAUGGCCGGGAUGCCUUCCCCACACCUGCCCUCGGAGCACUCGAGCGUGUCCAGCAGCCCCGAGCCCGGCAUGCCCGUCAUCCAGAGCACUUACGGAAUCAAGGGCGAGGAGCCGCACAUCAAGGAGGAGAUGCAGCCCGACGACGUCAACGGAGAGAUCUACGAUGAGUACGAUGAGGAGGAGGACGACCCCGACGCGGACUAUGGCAGUGACAGUGAAAAUCACAUUGCAGGGCAAGCCAACUGAUCGGGGUCCCGAUGGCUCAUGACCUGCAGGACUUCAAGGAAUAAAGAGAAAAGAGAAAUAAAGCCCCAUCUGGUUUAUCCUUGCCAGUGGCCAAGCACAUUAACUUUCUCAUACACUGACUGUUACUUUAACUGUUAGUCUUAACUAGUUGGGACAUCAGCUGACUAAUAGACAUCAGCCUGCAUCAGAAGAAAAAAGGCUCAGAAGAAAGGAAACAAAGACAACGACAACAACAACAGAAUGAUAUAAGCUAUGGGUAAAAUAAUGCCAGUAAUUCAGCUGCUAUACCCAAGCACUGAAGUCUUACCCGUCGACCUUUUAUUAUUAUUAUUUUUUUUUCAAAUAAACUUUAUGGCUGUUUGUUCUACAAUGUUCUAGAAAUUCUCACUCAGGUACACAGUGCCAACAAGUGGCUUGUGAAUGUGUUUUGUUGUUUUGUGCUACAGUUUAAAGAGAAAUAAUUUUUUUUUUUUGGUAAUGCACCUGACAGGAAAAAAAAAAAAGAUAAAAUUCCUUUUAACCCCCCCUCUGUCUCCUCCUCCUCCUUCUUCUCCUCCUCCUCCUCCUCCUUCUCUUCCUCCCUGUCAAAUCUGGGUCAGAAGUGUGUGUGUGUGCGUGCCUGUGCGCGUGGCUGGCAAGGAAGGAAGUGGGGAGUCUCUUUCUGUUCACCCCAACAAGCAAUUAUUUCCUUUCAAGAGAGGACUUCUCUUCAUCAGUUGCACACCAUACUGAGUCUUUGAGCAAGUGCCAAAUUUGUACUAAAGCGCUGAACUAGUCCAAUUUGCUUUUCUUUAGGUUGGUCUCUUCUUGUUUUGCUUUUCUUUGGCUUUUCUUUUGCUUCUUGCUCUGUCUUAAGUUAGGACAGUGUUGUAUCUUAGACAAUCCCUUGAAGAACCUGAUAUACCAGCAGCUGGUGAGAUUAGACAUAUAUUUUUGGUUUUGGUUUUGCUUUCUAAAGGAAACUGUAGGUGCCGUUCUCAGGUGAAAAAAAGAGAGAGAGAGAGACAUAAAAAAUUUAGAGAAAAAGUAUUUUAUGGUCUUGGAUUUUCAUGUGUGCGUGUUUAUGGUACUAAUAAGAAUAAUCUUGGACUAUUGUGAGCAAAAAGCAUGUUCCAGAAUGAAGUUCUGCACCCUCCAAAUGACUUGGUCUGUAAGGGGCCYUUACUUUCAGUUUACACUUCAAGUGGCAGCAUAAACAGCAUAAAAAAGGCUUGUCCAAAAUGUGGUUUCCUCUGUACAGGGCACAGCAAUUGGAAAUGUUCCCUCUUCACUGAGCAUAAUUUAAUUACCACCAACUGUGUCCAGUUCUGAUGAACUUGUACCUUUAGGGCGGUUGAGUAUUGAAUUCUGAUUCAAAUGGCAAUUUUUUUUUUUUUUAACUGAGGUUUUUUUCUCCUGCGCCUUGGCAAAAAUCCUUCUUGUAUCAGUGGAAUAUUGGAGGAGGAAGGAAGGCUAACAGCUUUGAAGAGAUUUCCAAAGUCCAAGUGCAGAUGUAAGAACCCGAACCGUUGUAGUUUCCUUCGCUGCUGCCUCUCACAAUUGCAACAUUAUUCUCCUGUGCUGAAAUAUUUUCAAUGUUGUUCUAGAGCACUUAAAUACAUUGCUUGGGCAGUUUUGUGUUCCUUGGAUGACCAUAACCAGAUGAGGAGGGUGUCUGGGAGUUGCUCUGUGCCCUGGAAUGGAAAGGCUUGGGAUCUGCUGAGGCAAAAGCCUUCCUCUGAAUUGGUUUUGUAACUGAGGAUGCCCAAACUUAUGUUGCUUCCUGGUAAAUUCCUGCUCCCAAAGGGAGAUUCAUUGCUGCUGUUAUCACCUGUAACAUGUAAAAUUAGGCUCAUGCAUGUCAGUGGCAGUGAGAUCCCAGCCCAAAUACUCACCAGAACCCUGGUCACCACUAUUUGGCAACGCUGAAUUUGCAAACAGUCCCUUAAUCUGGCAGAUUUAGCCCUUGGUGCAGUCACCCAGGUGCAGGAUGAAUGGGGCRGGUAGGAGUAGACUGGGAAAGGGGGGAAUGCCUCUCCUUGCCUCUUGAAAUCCCACUUGAAGUGUAACUUGACCUCUGCAGACCUUSUGCAAAGCAAACAAGCAAAUGCCAUUGAAGACAUAGGACAAUACUCCAAUGAGCGGUUUGGACAUGUGAUAGUUUUACCCUGCAACAUCUCUUUUAUUUUUCUCCUGUUUUCCCUGUUUUGAUUUCCACCUCUGCUUUGAAAAAUCCUUUUCUAUUUUCUCUCUCUCAGAAGAUUUGCUCUGAAAUUAUGCUUGGAGUAGCUGAUCAUAUCCUCCAUGUCAGAGAGGGUUCUUUUUUGUUUGUAUUUUAUGACUGUGUUGGGUUGGGUUUUUUUUUUUUCCAGUUGAACUGCCUCUUCUUGCUAGUGUUGUAAUGGUAAUUAUAAUAAUAAUAAUAAUGGUCAGCUGUUCCCAGAUUAGUAAAUUAUGUAUAAUUUAUUUUACACCCCCCCUUUUUUAACUUUAUUUUAUUCUGUUCUAAUUUGGCAGUGCAGCAAAUGAAGCUGUUAGGCUAUUUAAAAUGGAUACCCCUCCCCACCUUACCUUUUUAUAUAUAUAUAAAUAUAUAUAUAUACAUAUGAAAACAAAUCGCUUCUUCGUCAGCUCACGCCAUUUCUCUUUCUUUUAUUUUAAUUUUGGCCCCAGCCAUGUCAACUUCUGAUGUUUAUUAUGAUGGAGUGAAUUAAUGGGAGUGUUGUUUUCAAUCUUAAUUAACUUCUGCUCUCUCAUCACUCAUUUUAGUUAUUUAAUUACACCAGUCAUUUAGAGCCAAUUUUUUUGAAGCACUCUGUUUGGAUAAGAAGGAAAAAAAUAGACAAUUGUUUUUAUAUCAUUAUUAUGUACAAUGUGAAAACAGAUAUUUGCUCCUUUUUUUUUUCUUUUUUUUAACUUUUAAAUUUGUUCCCUGUCUUUGUGAACAAAUUACUUCUGAUUCUUGUGGGUUCACCUCACAUUUGCUGGAUGCUUGAUUUCCACCACGUAAUAGAGACUCUCUGGUUUAAUCGUGUCACUUCGGGCUACCAGAAUACUUUGUUUUAGCUCCAGGUAGGUGCCACUGUGGCAGGUGGGAUUGGAGCAAGUCUUGGAGGUGUGGGCUGGGAAAGGUCGGUGGGAAGGAGGCCCUUGGACUUCAGUGGGACCAAGUUUCAGCACUGAAUUCUGCAGGAGCCGCUCCUCGAGGCAGCCUGGUGGGACGGAGCCCUUCUCCGAAUAUCCUGUUCAUUUCCUGCCACCUCGGCCAGGGCUCAGCUGAACAAGUUGAUUUUGUUCCGUGCACAUUCCCAUCGGAGAGACUGUGCCCCGGCCU